AUGCCCUCCCCGACCACGACCCCGCCCCCUAAUGUCAUCCAAAACUCGCACGCCCAGACACUGCCCGAGCCCAGUCACCCCAAGUAUGAGCUUCGCGCCUAUGGCCUGAGCCUUGCUGCCAAAGUACUCGGCGUUCUGCUCCAUCCAUCUACCAACGACCGCCUUUGGGCGCAGAUCUGGGUCUCUUCCGAGCUCGACGUCCAGAAAUGCUUGGAGCUCAAAGGCACUCUGGCGCCUAGCGGCAUCACCCUCGUCCAAGCCCAAGCGCCCGAACAAACAUCCUUGAAGGCUCCACACUCUUCUUCGCCGAGCCCCGAGUACACCCCCAACGGCUCGUUCGAACUCAAGACCCCGCCCACCCCCCCUCAACCAGAGCCAGAAUGCUACAGCAGCAUCAUGUCUUCUCUCUUCUCGGCAUUCCCAGCCGUACCAUCCGGCCCACCGGCCUUUGCGCCGCAAGCCAAUCAGCAUCAUCCGCCCGCCUCUGCUCCCUCUACUUCCACCACGAGCUUGGGGUCUUUUGCUGGUAGCCUUACCAGCCAAGUCUCGACCGCCAUGGGGGCUCGCGACCCAAGAGACAAUGUCGGCCUUGGUUUUCGACAUGUUGAUCCUCAAGGGCCUUUGCCGAGAAACCUGUAUGUGAUGGGGUUGCCGCUCGACAUGACUCAAGUCCAAUUCAAGGCGAUGUUUACCCCCUUCGGCAUGGUUGAGCACUCUACUUUGCUUUCGCAGCUGGACGGGAUGGGCAGGCGCCGCGGCUUUGUCCUCAUGUCUACGCACCAAGAGGCGGUUGAGGCCACUCGAGCUAUGAAUGGCAGCUGGCACAGCGGUUUCAAGAUGGACGUUUCUUGGGCUCUUGUCCAGCGAGAGGCCAAGCACUUUGGACCAGGACACAUGAUGCCCAACCGCGUCGUCCACCCCCCGACGGCCCCUGCUCUAUACGAGCCUCCUGAAGAGUGCACUGUCAUGGUGGAAAAUUUGGACCCUGGCUACUUUCCCGACUCUGUCACCAUCCGAGACAUCUUUUCUCAUUUCGGACCAGUCGCUCGCGUCAGCGUCCUCUCCCCUCUCCCGCUUCAAGUUCUUGUCCAAUUCGACCACUCUGUCUCUGCUACCGCCCUCAUUGCCGCCAACGGUUUCAAUCUUGGCGGCCGCUCUCUCAUCGCUCGGCGUUACGCACCUCGUUUGGUUCCAGUCUCCACGUCCAACCCUACUUCACCUACUACAAGGCUGCCAUUCGACCCCUUCGGCCAUGGAUUUGCCCAGCAUGUCUCACGAGUCAACAAUCGCGCCCAGCCGGAAUUCGUCGGUGGUGGUCCCUUCCAUUCUGGUCACGGUAACCCGCCUCUUCCUACUCCUCUUACUACAAGAAGUCAACCUCCUUCCCGACAUGCCUCUGAUGCCCAACUUUUGACCUCAUUUGGUGCCGCCAAUCCCAAGCCUAUCACCCCCAUGCAGAUGCGCAACAUGCUCGAACCCCAGACCGCCUCUGUCAAGUCACGUGCCCAAGCGUCGUCUCCCUGGACUCCGCUUUCGAAUCCUCAGCUCAGUAACGUCAAUCAGAUUUUCCAACCCAGCAAGAUUUCGAUCUCGUCUCAAGUCAAAAAUCAAGAUGUCUCUCCGAUCCCAAGCAAGAAGCCUUCCAAGUCGUCUAUGGGAGAGGUCCAAGAUGAGAACAAGCCUCCUGUGAAUGAGAACAAGAGUGACGUUUGGCGAGAUGAGGAGAACGGUUUGCGAGGCGUGCUCAAGGCGCAGGAUAGGUGGCAGGUGUCUCCCAACUGGUGUAAGUGCUUCUGGAGCUGUCAUUUACUGUUGGCUGACUGA